AUGAUCAACGCAGUACUUGUCUUCAACAAUAAUGGCCAGCCACGGCUGACCAAGUUCUACACACAACUGGACACUCAAACGCAACAAUCCCUCAUCGCGCAAAUAUACCAACUCGUUGCACAGCGACCAGCAAGCGCAUGUAACUUCCUCCCCCUACCUCCGCUGCUGUCGUCGCAAGGCUCCAGCUCCGCAGCCUCUGGACCUUCCGAUGCGCCCACGCAGAUCACCUACCGCACCUACGCUACCUUAUCAUUCAUAAUGAUCUCAACAUCCAUGGAAUCACCACUCGCUCUUAUCGAUCUGAUCCAAGUUUUUGUGGAGUCUUUGGACCGCAUGUUUGAGAACGUCUGCGAACUGGAUCUCAUCUUCGGCUACGAGACGAUGCAUGCUGUCCUGAGUGAGAUGAUCGUCGGAGGCGUUGUGGUGGAAACCAACACCGAUAGAAUUGUCGCAGGUGUGCGCAAUCAAGAGGGUAAUGCAGGGAAGAGGAAGGCUGUUCAAGCGGCCAGUGCUGGUCUUGGGCGGGGUGGCCUUCCAAGCCUGGGAGCUUGGCGGUGA